AGGAUGUCUUCCGAUGAUGAUUAUGAUGCGGCUGACUCCGGGGCGGCUGACUGCACCCCCAUCGAAGCCGGAGCUGCUCGCAAGGGAGGCUUCCUUGUGAUCAAGGGACAGCCCUGCAAGAUCGUCGACGUGUCCAAGGCUAAGGUUGGAAAGCACGGAGCAGCCAAGUGUCACUUCGUCGGCAUCGACAUCUUCACUUCGAAGAAGUACGAAGCUAUCUGCCCUGCCUCUGCCCAGCUGUCCGAGCCCAUCGUCACCCGUGCUGAGUACCAGCUUUGCGACAUUAGCGAGGACGGGUUCUUGAGUCUCAUGACCAAGGAUGGCGAUAUGCGCGACGACUUGAAGCUUCCUGAGGAUGAGACCAUCUCCAAGAAGCUCCAGGAGCGCUUCGACGCGGGAACCGACACUCUUGUAACUGUCCUCAUUGCCAUGGGCAAGGAGCAGGUUAUUGAUAUGAAGGACAUGGCCAACUAGAGUGAGAAUGUGAUGAUUGCUUGUGCGAGAUUUCAUCAGUGGUUCGUCGAGCCAUUCUUUGUUAGGCCAGAAUUUUGUUCCCAUCGUGUUCCUGAUAUUGAAUGAAUGGUAUUGUGAG